AUGGCACGUACAAAGCAAACAGCUCGUAAGUCUACAGGUGGAAAGGCACCAAGGAAGCAACUUGCAACCAAGGCUGCACGUAAGUCUGCACCAACUACCGGUGGUGUCAAGAAGCCACAUCGUUAUCGCCCUGGAACUGUUGCUCUUCGUGAGAUUAGGAAAUAUCAGAAGAGUACUGAGCUUUUGAUCAGGAAGCUCCCUUUCCAAAGGCUUGUUCGUGAAAUUGCUCAGGACUUCAAGACUGAUCUUCGUUUCCAGAGUCAUGCUGUUCUUGCUUUGCAAGAGGCUGCCGAGGCAUACCUUGUUGGACUCUUUGAGGAUACCAACUUGUGUGCCAUUCACGCUAAGCGUGUUACUAUUAUGCCGAAGGAUAUUCAGUUGGCACGUAGGAUCCGUGGUGAACGUGCUUAG